UUGGGUCGAAGCGCAGGAAUUGGAGUGCGGAGGUGGGGGGAGUGGCGCUAGUGGAUUUGUGGUGGUACAGAUCUCAAGUUUGAGUGGCGUGUCGGUGAAUUGCCGCAUGCCGGAGGAGGAUAAGAGAGGCGUGCACACAGAGUUGGGAUGCAACGGACACGCGGACGGAAGAGAAGGAAGGGUGGGGAGGCGGUGAUUUGUGAUCUGUGGGGCAAGAGAGGCGGGUUUGUUCGGGGCUUCGGUGACUUAUUUCUGACAGAUUUGCCGCUCUCUGGGGGUGUUCCAUCAAUUCUUCAAGUUUUCUUGUCAGUUCGCUGGCUCUUGUGUACGGUGAACGUUCUGGCUUGAGGGUGCUGCAGAAUUGGUCUCGUGGUUGCGAAUAACGCUUGGGACAUCGACAUUCCAUCAGUCAGUCAGUCAGUCAGAGAGAGAGAGAGAGAGAGAGAGAGAGAGAGAGAGAGAGAGAGAGAGAGAGAGAGAGAGAGAGAGAGAGAGAGAGAGAGAGAGAGAGAGAGAGAGAGAGAGAGAGAGAGAGAGAGAGAGAGAGAGAGAGAGAGAGAGAGAGAGAGAGAGAGAGAGAGAGAGAGAUGUUUCGGAAGGCUUCGGACUGUGGCUGGUUUGGAGCGAAAUGGAUGUUCCGAGAAUCACUUGCUUACAGCACCUAGACUAGUUUCUACACGUUGAGGACAAAAUGCUUGCAAUUCAGAGGGAAAGAAGGAUAUUUGCGGGGUCAAGAGGUGCGCCAGUGGGGGGUGUUUGCAGCCUGUUGCCGUAAACCUCUUGUUAUUGUACAGAUUGAAAGUAGAGGGAAGAUUACGUUCUGUUGAUAAGCUUGUACAUAUUUCGAAGUUUCCGAGCGGAGAAUAAAACCGAGGGAGCCUCAUUUGUUUCUUGUAGAUAUAGGUAACUAUCAUUGAUAAACGUCCUAGUUUCUGCCUACCCUCGUCUUGAAAAUUGUGUAUGGAGAGAGAGAUGAUGAUUGAAAUACAUGUGGCUGAAAAUGGGAAGUCCUACGAGCUGGAGUGCCAAGCUUCCACGACCAUACAAGACCUGCAAAGCAUUUUACCGCAGAUUUCUGGAAUUCCUGCCCAGGAUCAAAUGCUCAUCACUUCACAGGACAAUAGACUGGAAGCAAAACACACUUUGCAGCAUUAUGGCUUACCGAGCCACAACAAAUCGGUUUUCCUUUUCAAUCGAUGUCGGUUAGUACUCAAUUCUCCCUACCCUCCCGAAGAGGAAUUUGAAGUUUUCCACGUUGAAUAUCCUCCCCUUCCUACCAGUGGUGGAAAUCAUCCUUUGGACGAAUCAUCAGAUCCAGUCCUGAAAGCCCUGCCCAAUUACUACAAACUCUUCAAGUAUCAUCACGCGGUAGCGCAAGCAUUUAGCACUGCUAGCAACAUGAGAUUGGAUGCUUGCAGGAGGCUGUUGAGGGAACAGGAGAUGCAGGAAAAAGCUAUGGAAACCGCCAGGGGAAAUAUGGAUCACUUCUAUAGAAUAAUAAAGCAGAAUUACUCCGAGUUUCUGAGGAAUUACAACCGUUUGUCCAAGUAUCACUCGGAGCUUCUGGAAAACUUUGAGAGAGAUCUGGAGCGACUGAGGAAUUGUCGGCUCCACCCUGGUCUGUGUUCAACUCAGUUGAAAACACUUCUUGAUUGUGUCAACGAGUCACGCGUAAGGAAGUGGGCUGAAGAAUGUUCGACUUCAUUUUCGCAAUUCAAUCUGAAGGUGUCUGCUUUGAAGGAGAAUUAUACACGUUUGGACAAUAAAGUGCAAGUUUUGUUCAACACGAAAGCCACUGUGGAUGUCAAACAGCUUGCUGGAACCAUCGAGGAUCAUGCUGGAUGCAUUGAAGAGCAGAACAGGAUCAUCCAGUCUCUUGGCCUAGAGGUAAACCAGGUGAAGAAGCUGAUGGACGAUUGUGUCAGCAGCCAGUACGCGGGGUCUGCACGCCCACACAAGGCUGUUUCUGCACUUCGCAGUAGUUAUGACAUACAGAAGAAGAGAUAUUUGCCAACGAUGGAGUCGACCGAUAAUCAGCUGCAGUCUUUACUCGAGCAUUGUGAAGAGAGAAAAACGGCUAUGACCAGGUCUGUGCAUUCACGGUUGCAGUCUGUGGCAUCCUUGCAAUCAAGUUUGAAGGAAAUGCGUAAUCAGCUUGCAGCUUACAAGGAGGCAAUGAAUCGUCAGGCGACUAUAUUCUCCCACUUAAGGUUAGUUCGCAGAAUGGGGUCAGCCUACAAGGGUUGUCUAGCCGAAGUUGUGAGGCGAAAGGCCUGGAUGAAGCUAUUUAUGGGGCAAGCCGGUCAGCUUGCCGAAAGGAUGGCGAGGAAGAGAGAGGCGGAAGUUGCACGAAGGGAAGAGUUUUUGAAGGAACAAUCUCACUAUUUCAAUCGUGAAGUAUUAGAGCUCUUGGGUUUGUACGAGAACCCCAGUCAGUGUGUGGUGAAUAUACCGCCAUUUGACACUCAAUUGCUUGAGCUUGAUAUAGUAGAUGUCGAGCGUUAUGCUCCCGAGGCAUUAGUUGGACCCCUGCUGAAAAUAUCAGGUACAGAUGGGCGAGGGGGUAGUACUCGUUCUUUGUCCGAUAGCGCUUUUCAUACUGGAAUCGAGAGUCAAGGAGGCAAGGAAGAUCAUGAAGGCGAAGUCGAUGAUGAUGGCGACAAUGAUGAAAUCAACGGUACAAGCAAGCUCGAGGUGGAGAACGCUUGGUUGAAAGCUGAACUCGCUUCAGCUGUAGCAAGGCUUUGCCAUUUGGAUCCUGAAUUUGAGCCUGAGGAGGCACGAGAUGUGGAUGAUGUGGGGUCCAACAAAGAUUCUGGUCACCAGACAAGAUCUGCUGUCCAAUCAAUGGUUGACGCUUUGCGUUUGAAGGAUGAUUAUGCAAAGCAUUUGCGUGGUCUCUUGAAUAUGAGGCAGAGCCAGUGUAAAGUUUAUGAAGACCGUAUACGAGACCUCGAACAACGUCUCCAGGAUCAACAUUUGCGAAUGCAGAAGUUCCCAAGCGGACUAACCACGCCGGACCGGAGAGAUCACGGUGAUGAUUCAGAAAAUUCAGGCUUAACUGCCCUUAGGUGUCCAGGUGUUCCCGAGCCCAUGGAUGAAGGAGCGAGUAGUUUGGCCGCAUAUGAGGGGCAGCAACUCAACCAGUCCGACAGUGGCGGCAGGGAAGCAGGAAAUGAAAAUGUACAGACAGACAGAAUGAGGGAAGUGCCUGAUGAAGCAAUGAGCGAUGUUUCUGGUGUUGUUUCAGGGUUAGUUGAUGCUGCAAUGGAAGACGGUCCGCGUAGGUCAGAUGUGGAAUCUACAAUUGAUAGAUCUUCGUCGGGUGUAGUGGAGGUAGUUAAUGUAAAUAGUAGAUUAAUCGAAGAUUCCACAGGAGAAUCUGGAUCCGGAGAUGCUGCCAGCUCUCAACCUGCUGAUGCUGGCAAUGGAGAAUUGGGGGCUCAUAUUAGAGACGAUCAUGUCUUAGCGCUUGAGAAUAUGCUGGUACAAAAGACUCAGGAGUGUGAAGCUGUUGAGGAGAGACUGAGAGUUGCCUUAGCAAAAAGUGACCGUUUACUCUCUGACUUGGACAGCAACGCAGAGCUCCUAAAUGAAUGCCAGGUGAACAUUUCUCAUCUCGAGAAUAGGUUGCAUGAUGCGAGGGAGGAGGCAAGAAUCAAUCUCUGUGCAGCAGACCGUCGAGCAACGGAGUAUAAUGCCCUGAGGUCAUCUAGUGUUCGUCUGAGAGGGCUCACGGAACGUUUGAAAAAUUGCAUAUCCACAUCUGGAGGAGUUGGUUUUGCAGACGCUCUUCGAGCAUUAGCCGUUUCUCUUUCCAGCCCCAGCGCCAGUGAUGCAGGGGAGGAUGAUUUCCGAAACGCCAUCAAAACUUUAGCGGAGAAAGUUGGAGUUCUUGCUCAACAACGCGCUGAACUUUUGGAGCGCUGUAAGAUUGCAGAGAACAACCAAAACCAUAUGACCAAGACUUUAGAUGAAUUGAAGAAAAAGCGUCAAAUGGAGAAACAAGCGAGCAAGGAAAUGAUUUGUUUUACCCGUUUCCAAGUUCAUGGGUUAGCAGUAUUCAUUCAGAAUGGGAAUGGACAUUACGAGGCUUUGAAUCGGAACUGCCCACACUAUUAUCUCUCCGAAGAUUCCAUCGCUUUAUUUUUGGAGAACUUGCCAAGCGGUCAACACUACAUUGUGGGACAGAUCGUGCACAUUGAUCGAAGUAUUGUAAGGUCGGCCAGUGGUAGUCCAGGGGAAAGUGAAAUCUCCGGAUCUAAUGUUGGAGGUGGAUCACGAUGUAAUCCAUAUGGUCUUCCGGUAGGAACUGAAUUCUUUGUGGUCACCGUAGCCAUGGUUCCUGACUUCUCGCCUCUAUCUUUGACCAUGUGAGCUGAAGGCUUCUUGGUCGUAGAAGGUUCUUGGUAUGUUUUCAAUUCAAUGCAGGUCUUUUGGGGUUGGGACGUGACGUUCGUUGUAGAGCUGCAAAACAACUUUAGGUGAAACAUUGUGGACACUUUCUUCAAUCUAAUGGAUGAUUCAGGAUGGUUUUGUCCUUUCUCUUUCA